GCUUUUCUAGUGCCGGGCCUUGCCUCCCUCUGUGACGUAUCACUGACGACAGCUGCCCCGGAUGAGGCUGGGCUCGGAGUGUGUCAGCGACUGUGAGGGAUGCGGUGGCGGCGGCAGUAGCAGGAGGAGCAGCACGUUCCGCGAGAGAGACAGCGGGUGAUACUGAUCAUGGACAGUGAGGAAAUUCCAAAGUUUUUAAGUCCAGAGGAAGAAACUGCAUACUGGAAGAAUUUGUCUUUGAAAUAUAAACAAAGUUUUCAAGAGGCCCGUGAAGAGCUGGCAGAAUUUCAGGAGGGCAGCAGAGAACUUGAAGCAGAGUUGGAGACUCAGUUGGUACAAGCUGAACAGAGGAAUCGGGAUUUGCAAGCAGAUAACCAAAGAUUGAAGCAGGAAGUGGAAACUUUAAAGGAAAAGCUUGAGCACCAAUAUGCACAAAAUUACAAGCAAGUAUCGUUGUUAGAAGAUGACUUAAGCCAGACUCGUACAAUCAAAGAUCAGCUGAACAAAUAUGUGAGAGAAUUAGAGCAAGCCAAUGAUGACCUUGAACGUGCUAAGAGGGCCACAAUAGUUUCUUUGGAAGACUUUGAACAAAGGCUAAAUCAGGCGAUAGAAAGAAAUGCCUUUUUGGAAAGUGAACUGGAUGAUAAGGAAUCUCUGCUGGUUUCUGUACAAAGGCUAAAGGACGAAGCAAGAGAUUUAAGGCAAGAACUAGCUGUACGGGAAAGACAGCAUGAAGUAACAAGGAAGUCAGCUCCUAGUUCUCCAACCCUGGACUGUGAGACGAUGGAUUCAGCUGUCCAAGCAUCACUCUCUUUGCCAUCAACACCUGUUGGGAAAGUCUGCGAGAAUAGCUUUCCGUCUCCAAAAGGAAUUCCCAAUGGCUUUGGUACUGGCCCCCUUCCUCCAUCUGCCAGGAUAUCUGCUCUGAACAUUGUGGGUGAUCUCCUGAGAAGAGUGGGGGCUUUGGAAUCCAGAUUAGCUGCUUGUAGAAAGUUUGCGAAGGACCAGGCAUCGCGGAAGUCUUACGUUUCAGGGAACAUAAAUAGCAGCAUGAUCAACAGCAAUGGCAUGAAAUUCUGUCAUCCGGGACACACAACGUUCUACGACAAAGCCCCCUGUAGUCUUCUCCCUGCCCCCAAUUGUCGUUGGAUCCUGAAGCAGCCACGUAUGCUUGUGAGCCCGAUCCAAUCUGCCGCUGCCGCUGCCUUGUGAACAGCCUGUAGUUGGGUGGUGGGACUGACUGAGGGCAGUCAACGGCUUUGAUCAAGGCCCACCACCAGGUCUAGGAGGAUCAAGGCCAUCGUCAGCACCAGGCAUGCUCCCUCUGAGUGUAUGAAUGUGUUGCAAGGCCAGAGCGGUACUUAAGAUUAAUUCUUGAAAGAACAGAAGAGCUGCUUGCAAUACCUUUCUGUUAAAGACCCCCCUGCUGGAGCUGAAUGGAUCUUGCCGCACCCAGAGGCUGCCUGGAGAACCCAGAACACACAGAGUACUCCUCCUGUCAAUACAGUCUAUUUUCUUCUAUUUCCAUCAUGGACGUUCUUUAACGUGGUCACCGCUGAUGUCUGUUUCACAGGAUGGUGGAGUUGCACUUGCCCAAUCACCUUCCUUCUCGGUUCCCCACUUCCACUCCACCAUUUUGUACUCUGGCUAACUUAGGCCUGCUUUCGUGCUGAAUGACUCCUUAGUAAUGUCCCCACCUCUUUACUCUCUCUCCCCCAAACUGAAACCUACACUUAGGCACACAAGAUUGUUGUGCUUUUCUAAGUAAAUUCAUGUUCAGGGGACUGCAGGGAAACUCCAAAGCCUAUGGUAAGCUAACGGACUUGGGAUGCAGAAUGAAUCUGUAUGGACCCUUCCAUCCACCUGAUGAAACUGAGAGAUGUCUUGGUACUAGACGCAGUACCUCUGCUAAAAAUGUGGGAAUUGGGCUAUGAAGAUGUGGCAUCUUCUCUGUGGAGCACAAGUAAUUUAUGUGUUGUACGGUUAGUAUCUGUUCACCAAAGCUGAUUUGUUUUUAAAAUGGAGAAACGCCCACUAGAUCAGCAAUUUUUUUCUGGUCAGCUUCAUCCAUGUAGCUGGCUUUACACAUUUUAUUUCAGGAAAUCUGUGGUGUGGGUCUCUAUCUGCUUAAUGAGCAUUGCUCAAGAGCAAAGGAAGGAAAAAGGAAUCAAAGCCAAGGCAAAGGCAAGUUGCCACUCACAGCUUGGAUUUUGUCAACCUUUUUCUGUUAUGUCCUUUGCUGCAUUGACUGUUUACAUUUGUUUUACUGUACAUAGAUUUCUAAACAUAAUAUCUUUGCCUAAGAUACUUGUAUAUAACUUGGGCUUUGUAACUUUAUUUAUUCAGAAUCUCUGAGGCAUGUUUUCCCUAGGACAGUGUGUCAGAUUUCUGUGGUGACUGCCAUCCUGUGGUUUAACAAGCGAGAUGGUCCAAGAAUAAAAAUCUUUUAACGUGUA